AGAGCUGUUUUUUCCAACAUGGCUAAUGUCAAGCUGCGGUUACAGGCUCUAACUUUCUUCGUGUGGAUAGGGAGUAUUUCGUGCUGUACGAGGCUCUUGGAUAAUAGAGUAUCGCAAAAGAUCAAAUAUGGAACAGUUGACAUUAUUAUCGAUAAUCACCACAUCGGUCUGAGCAUCACAAAGAAUGAUGGAUCUAACGUGUAUAACGUACUCCACACUCACUCGGGAGCAGAUCCGUCAUUGCCACUUAGAUUUAGCGACUGUACAGGGAAUAAAACUUGUGUGACGCAGGGCGAUGCGGUCAGAACAGAGUUUGAAAUGAGUCCGGAGAGUGCAGUUAUAAAAAUAUCACGUGUCGUACUUGAUCCCAAUGCAGAAAUUGUCGAUUGUUACCAACUAAGUGAAUUCACUCAAUGGUUCAGCGGACCGCAACAUCGAUAUCAGCACUGGCCGAUUCAGCAUAUGCGAUACGAGGAUGAACCCUAUUUGCCAACACAUCAGACCAACAUGGCAGUGACGGAAAGAUAUUGGUUGUCCAGCAAAGGAAUUUACAUCUUCGUCGAGGAUGAAGCUCCACUAUUCCUGGACCAGAAUAAUUACAAGGAUAAAAACCUCUGUUUGAAAGCUAAGAAUAAAACCCCUUACAGAGAGCGAGAAAAUAUAACAUUGGCAUACGAAGUUGGCGUUUUCAAUAAUCCACGACAGGCUCACGAAGUAGUAAUCAGAGAACAUUUGGGCAAACCGACUGGUUAUCCCGACGAGAGAAUGAUCGAACACCCCAUAUGGUCUACUUGGGCAAGGUACAAGGUCAAUGUCAGCACAGACGUGGUCCUGGAAUUCGCCGACGAGAUUACUGGUCACGGUUUCAACAAUAGCCAGUUGGAAAUUGAUGACAACUGGGAAACUUGUUACGGAUCUGCUGUUUUUGAUCAAACUAAAUUUCCCAACAUCGCAGCUCUUACAGAGACUCUGAAGAGCAGAGGUUUCAGGGUGACCUUGUGGAUACAUCCAUUCAUAAAUGAAGAAUGUGAACCCUAUUAUUCCCAAAUUUUAGCUAGAGGAUAUUUUGCAAAAAAUCUUCAAGGCGAAGUGCACACGCAAUGGUGGCAGGGAAAUCGAGCAGCCGCUAUUGAUUUCACUAAUCCCGACGCUGUGCAAUGGUGGACGCAGAGGUUGAAGGAUUUGAAGGCUGCGAGUGGCAUUGAUGGUUUUAAAUUUGAUGCCGGGGAGGUUUCUUGGCUACCUCAAACACCUGAUAUAACAUCUGACGAUCUACUAUCACCAGGAUAUUUCACAAGUAGUUAUGUGAGAGCUUUAGCUGAAAAUUUUAACAACGCUAUCGAGGUACGUGUGGGUUGGAGAACCCAAGAUCUACCAAUUUUCGUACGGAUGAUCGAUAAGGACACCAGAUGGACUUGGAACAAUGGACUUCCGACCUUAAUUACAACGUUAUUGCAAAUGAAUCUGAAUGGUUAUGUCCAUGUACUUCCUGAUAUGAUUGGCGGUAACGGAUACCUGGAUGGUUUUCUCAAUGGUACGGAAUAUCCACCCAAGGAGAUGUUCAUCAGGUGGUUACAAACCAACGUGUUCAUGCCGUCCUUGCAGUACUCCUUUGUGCCAUGGGAUUUCGAUAACGAGACGAUUGAGGUGAGCCGAAAGUUCACGAAUCUGCAUGCAGAAAUAGCACCAACAAUCAUAUCAUGUAUGCAAAAAGCAGUCGCAACCGGGGCCCCGGUAAAUCCACCGAUUUGGUGGGUAGAUCCAACAAACACACAGGCGCACAAGAUUAACGAUGAAUUCAUGCUCGGGGAAGAUAUUCUUGUGGCACCCGUGAUUGAAGAAGACGCUGUUCAACGUGACAUAUAUCUCCCCACGGGGGUUUGGAAAGACGGUGUAACGGACAGCGUUUACACUGGGCCGACGUGGCUGAGGAAUUAUCCAGCUCCUCUGGACGUUCUGCCUUGGUUCCGCAAACAAGGAUCAGUUUAAGUGUUCGGUAGUGUAAUCCAGCUCUUAGUAAUGCACCUUGCCAUUACAAACCGAGGGGACUUGUAUUCGGGUAUUCGAUAAAGUCUACGUGGCAGAGUUUAUGAAAAA